AUGUUACACUUUAUACUACUAAGACUACUACUUCUACAGCUUAUACGCCAUGUAUCAGCAUCAAUCUAUAUGGGGUUUCCCUUCAAUGAACAGCUUCCAGAUGUAGGAAGAGUUGAUCAAGAUUAUAGUUUCACCAUGGCCAAUACAACUUAUAAAUCAAACAGUUUUGGUGAAAUCACCUACGAAGUUUCAAAUCUACCUGAUUGGUUAUCAUUUGACUCAGAUUCAAGAACAUUUACCGGAAAGCCAAGUGAAUCAGAUGUAGGAGAGUUUGAUGUUACAAUUGUCGGUACUGAUCAAAGUGAUCAAUCAACCUUGUCGAAUAACUACACCAUGAUUGUAUCCAAUGAUACAGGAAUACAUGUCAGCUCUGGUACAAGUGUUUUUCAACAAUUGGCUCAAUACGGACACACCAAUGGUGAUGAUGGAUUAGUGGUUAAACCAGGAGAUAAAAUUGAUUUGAAAUUCAGUAAAGAUACAUUUGAAGAAUAUUCAUCAAGUCAACGUUCAAUUAUUGCCUACUAUGGAAGGUCAGCUGAUCGUAGCUCAUUACCAAAUUGGAUAUCUUUUGAUGGAGAAGAACUAACGUUUUCAGGUACAGUUCCUUAUGUGACCUCAGAAAAUGCACCAUCAUUUGAAUAUGGAUUUAGUUUCAUCGCUAGUGAUUAUUAUGGUUAUGCCGGUGCUUCAAGCAUCUUCAAGAUUGUUGUCGGCGGACAUCAAUUAGAGACUGAUUUAAACAACACGAUCAAGAUUAACGGUACUUUUGGACAAGAUGUUGAAGAAGGAGUGCCUAUAAUGUCCCAUGUUUAUCUUGAUGGUCAAUUGAUAUCUAAAGAUAAUAUAUCUGAAGUUAGUGCUGAAGAUUUACCAACUUAUUUGUCAUUCAAUGACGAGGACUUUACACUUACCGGAACUUUCCCAAACACUUCAACCUUUGAUAACUUUUCAAUCACAGUGAGAGAUACUUAUGGAAAUACAGUUAACUUGCCCUAUUCCUUCGAUGCAAUUGGAUCUGUAUUCACUAUUGAUUCGUUGGAUGAUGUUAAUGCCACUAAAGGUGAAUGGUUCCUGUAUCAAAUUAUGAAUUCUAUCUUUACAAACGUCAAUGAAACUGAGGUAAAUGUAGAUUAUGAAGACGCUAACUGGAUAUCCUACCAUGAAGACAACAAGACAUUAAACGGAAUGACACCAAAGAAUCUUGAUAAACUAAAAGUUAUAAUUGAAGGUAAAUUAGAUUCUGAAGAUGAAGAGAAAAGUUUCAAUAUAAAAGGAGUCAACAAACAUAUUACAUCUAGUUCAUCGAGCUCAAGCUCAAGCUCGACGUCAACAUCUUCAUCAUCUGGAACAGCAGCCGCAACAGCUUCUGCUACUGAUGACUCAAGCGGUGCCACUUCCACUACUGGUGCAUCGUCAAACAACUCAAACAAAAACAGAGAUUUGGCUAUUGGACUCGGGGUUGGUAUUCCUGUAUUUGUUAUUUUAGUAGCUGCACUUAUUGUAUUCUGUUGUUGUUACAAAAGAAGAAAGAAUAGACAAGAAUCAGAUGAUGAAAAAGGAGCCGUUUCGUCAGCUACGACACAAGUAUCAGGUGGUGGCAAAGUGGCAGCAGGGGGAGCAGGUGUUGCAGCAACUACUGCAACUGGUGCUGCUACUUUUCCAAUUGAUCCGAAGAAUGAAUCGCAAGUCAAUUUGAUGAAAUUGGAGGGAGUUUCAGCCAAUUCCUCAUCUUCAUCCUUAACUCAUGUGGACACAAAUGAAUCCUUUUAUGAUACUCAUGAACAACCAGUAAUGAAAAGUUGGCGAGCAAAUGCAGAUUCCGAUGAUAAAGCAGUUGCUACUCCAGGAAACGUUACAAGAAAUAGUGAUGCUUCUUUAUCAACAGUCAACACUGAGCAACUAUUUUCAGUACGAUUAGUUGACGACAAUAUCCAACGUGAUUCAGAACUUUCUUCAGCCAAUAAUGCAUUCAUGAGUAAUAAUUCGUUGAAUGCAUUACUUCAACGCGAUAAUUCUUCACAAAAUAUUCAUCGAUUGGAUUCGGAUGGCAACAUUGUUGAAUACAAUACGUUAGCACCUACCUCAUCACCGGAGAGAAUGCCUAAUAGAUUACCUCAUUCUUCAUCGCAAUUGGAUAUUGUUCCUGAAGAGAAUUCUCGAGAUAUAUCAAAUAGAGAAGAUACUACAGGGUCUAUUGGCAAUUUGUUGCAUAAAUUCGAUCAAUCUUCCUCAUCAUCAGAAGAUAAUUCUGGUUCAUCCCCAUCUCCAUCACCACAACCACCAGUUCCUCACACCCAAUCACCUACAUUUCUAUUUGAAUUCAACAAUGUUGAAUUACAAUCACCACAGUCAGACAAGUUCCUUCUUCAUGAUAAACAAAUGAAUAACACCAACAAUAAUCACCUAUCACCAACAUUAUCACCAUCACCAUCAUCAUCACCAACCCGUCAAAGACAUUUACUUUCUACCACUCAAAACAACAAUACUCAAAACCCUCAUCAUUCAAUCCUUACACUUGACUCAAUAUCAUCGGAGAAAUUCAUCUAUGAUGGGAAAUUACGCCCCGCUGAUAGUUUAUCACCCGUAAAGAACUUGUGCUCAAGAACAAGUUCAGGAUCGUUGCUCAGUGGUGGAAAUAACAAUAGUACUGGAAAUGGCAAUGGUGUUAAUGACCGUGAGAAUGGUGCUGCUACAUUGGUUGAUUUCACUAGAAAGGCAAGUUUGAGAGAUUCCUCUUAUGAACCUGAUUACACUCAUCGUGAAGAAUCAGCCACUUUGCAUCAUGAUGACAGUGAUUAA